AUGCAUCAACCAAACCCAGUGCCACCAUGCAUCAAACUAAACCCAGUGCCACCAUGCAUCAAACCAAACCCAGUGCCACCAUGCAUCAAACCAAACCCAGUGCCACCAUGCAUCAAACUAAACCCAGUGCCACCAUGCAUCAAACCAUACCCAGUGCCACCAUGCAUCAAACCAAACCCAGUGCCACCAUGCAUCAAACUAAACCCAGCGCCACCAUGCAUCAACCAAACCCAGUGCCACCAUGCAUCAAACCAAACCCAGUGCCACCAUGCAUCAAACCAUACCCAGUGCCACCAUGCAUCAACCAAACCCAGUGCCACCAUGCAUCAAACCAUACCCAGUGCCACCAUGCAUCAAACUAAACCCAGUGCCACCAUGCAUCAACCAAACCCAGUGUCACCAUGCAUCAAACCAAACCCAGUGCCACCAUGCAUCAAACUAAACCCAGUGCCACCAUGCAUCAAACCAAACCCAGUGCCACCAUGCAUCAAACUAAACCCAGUGCCACCAUGCAUCAACCAAACCCAGUGCCACCAUGCAUCAAACCAAACCCAGUGCCACCAUGCAUCAACCAAACCCAGUGCCACCAUGCAUCAAACUAAACCCAGUGCCACCAUGCAUCAAACCAAACCCAGUGCCACCAUGCAUCAAACCAAACCCAGUGCCACCAUGCAUCAAACUAAACCCAGUGCCACCAUGCAUCAAACCAUACCCAGUGCCACCAUGCAUCAACCAAACUCAGUGCCAUCAUGCAUCAAACCAAACCCAGUGCCACCAUGCAUCAAACCAUACCCAGUGCCACCAUGCAUCCACCAAACCCAGAGCCAUCAUGCAUCAAACCAAACUCAGUGCCACCAUGCAUCAACCAAACCCAGUGCCACAAUGCAUCAAACCAAACCCAGUGCCACCAUGCAUCAAAUCAAACCCUAA